AUGAGUGGUAUCUUGUUUGUUGUUUCCGCAGCCUAUCUGUUCCCCGCAACAGGUGCAGGCCAAGGCCAAUUUGCCGCCCUUGCGGAAAUCCCCAGGGAUAAAGGAAUCGUCGAUACGACUAUUUCCAUGAUUAUUCAUCUUUGUCUCUGCGAUAUAAAAGACGUCCUCCCCCUUCGCCGUGGUCAGCAUUCCCCAGAUAACAUGCACGAUUCCAACUGCAUCUUGCAUUACUCUGCCGCUGCAGGUGCAUUUCUUAUUUCAUUCUAUGUCAUACCGUACCUGCUUGAUCCAUAUGACUAUCGACGUCGAUUCCCAGGUCCGUGGUCAGCAGUCCUUUCGAACUCAUGGAAAUCGAGUGCUGUAAAAACCGGAAAGGCGUGCAAUACGAUGUUCGAGAUCCAUCAGAAAUAUGGUCCUUUCGUUCGGAUUGGGCCUAACCACAUAAGUAUUGCUGAUCCAGAUGCCUUGGAGGAUAUCUACAAGCACGGAAACGGCUUGCUCAAAUCAGAUUACUAUGCCAUGUUUAGGCUAGGAACACACGAGAGUUUGUUCACCUCGCGAGAUAAAGCUGAACACUCAAGUGAGUUGAUAUCCUUGCGACCAGCAGAGACGUUUCUUAUGCUCAAGCAUCACAGCCAAACGCCGGCGGUUGGCGCAUAUAUUCAGCCUCAGAACAUCCUCUCAUACCAACCUCGCGUCCGUAACAACAUUCGGCACUUGGUCGAUCAACUGGACAUGCGCUGUCAACAGGCUGCAGAGGGCAGGUCGGGCUUCAACUGGAGUGCAAAGGAUGGCGUGCUGUACUGGAUAUCUGCUCACGCUCAGAGGGACACCACCAACGUUGCUAAGUCUCUGACUGACGGCGCCAAGACGAUACAGCUGCCUCUUAUCGAGCUGUUUGACAAAGGUACUCAUCGUUUCAUCAUUGGAGUAUACCCACGGUGGGCUCAAGCUUCACUACUGCUACUUCCUUGGAAUCUGUACGGUUGUUUGCACGACAGCACUGACAAAGAAGCCAGAGGGGUGGACAUGGCUGACAAGCUGCUCGAGGCGAGGAUGAAGACGGAAACCGAUUUCAAGAGAAGAGCUGCUCAUCGAAACCUUCGGGCUGCUAUUCGCCGGAGCGAUACACUAGCAAACACCGAGUCUGGGUCUGAAAUCGAUCCGGUGGCCACGUAUGAGCCCAUCAAAGACCUUCCGUAUCUCAACGCGUGCAUGAAGGAGACGAUGAGGCUGCACUCGGCCCUAGGACUCGGACUGCCGAGAGUGGUACCGCCAGGCAAGAGCUUCACAGUCGGUGGACAAACGUUCAAAGCCGGCAGCAUCAUCAGUGUACCUACGUUCGUUACAAACGGGAAGGUCUGGGGGCACGACGCUGGUGAGUUCCGACCGGAACGGUGGCUGGAAGACAGCAAGGGUAUGCUCGGAAAGUACUUUGCGCCGUUUUCGUUUGGUCCAAGGCGUCGAGAACUUCCGUCUCCAGUGGAGGUGGAUGUAGCUAAACAAUACCUCGCUAAAUUGGUUGUUGCUGAGCCAGUGCUCAACCCUCCUUAUGACCGUAAAAAAUUCCCACAUUGGAUAUCUACUGGUGGUAAAUGCGAUACACGAGAGCUUGUGCUGUAUCGUGACGGGCAGAAUGUAACCCGGGACUCGCAGUGUAGAGCCGUAGCAGGGACCUGGUUUUCUGAGUACGACGGUGCAACCUGGACAGAUGCGCUGGACCUAGACAUUGACCACGUCGUACCCUUGAAAGAAGGAUGGAUAUCAGGCGCUUGGAAUUGGACGACCGAAAGAAGAAAGAUGUUUGCAAACGAUCUAGUUAGACCCCAAUUGAUUGCAGUGACUGAUAAUGUCAACCAAGCGAAGGGAGAUAAGGAUCCUGCUACUUGGAUGCCCCCUCUUCAAUCCUAUCAUUGUACUUAUAUUCGUGCAUGGAUCGAGGUCAAACACUUCUACGAGCUGGCCAUUCAUCCAGCGGAAAAAACCGCAUUAACAAAUUACCUUAGCAAAUGCGAGACGCCUACUUUUGUAAGCGAGGAGUUAGUUCUGGCGCCCGAUAUGCAGAAGUAA